UCUCUGUCCAGGGGAACUCCCUCUAUCUGACAUCACGACGCCUAUAAAAAUAUUGUGCCAAUGUACCUGGAAACAAUUAGAAGAACGCGUAGUAGUACACUUCCAUUGUAUGACAGAAGUACGUGGCUCAGCAUUAAAGAUGCAAAGCCGCAACCCCAAACCUCAGUUUGCGGACUGGCUGAUAGAACAGGUGUGGACCGGGCAAUACGCCGGGUUGUGUUUUGUGGACAACAACAAGUUCAGAGUCCCGUGGAAACACAUCUCUAGGAAGGACUGCUGCGAGGACGACAGUAAAAUAUUCAGGGCAUGGGCAGUGGUCAGUGGUAAAAUCAACACGCAUCCCAAUGACAAGGCAAAGUGGAAGACUAACUUCCGCUGUGUACUGAACAACCUGACCAAGCGUUUCAUGAUGGUGGAAGACCACUCCAAGGACUCAGACGAUCCCCAUAAAGUCUACCUGAUUAUCAACAAUGAGUCUAACUAUGGGAGCCCACACAUAGAGGAAAUUGCUGUGGAGGACUAUGACAUUGACAUCCACAGCUCUCUCACCUCUACAGGCUACACCCCCCCAGGCAUGGAGCAUGAUAAUCUACUCAAGCUUGUGAACACCAUAGACCUGAACCGUCAUACUGAGGAGUGGGCAGAGACCUAUAUACACACACACCACCCAGUGGUACCAGAAGACUGCUACCCCUUCCAGCCUCUAAUAGAGCCCCAGCCAGUCUCCCAGAACCCCUCACCACCACCAGUCCCAGUACCAGUACAGCAGCCAUACAACCACGUGAACCAGGAUGCCCUGCUCAACCUGCCUGCUGCCCAGCCGUCUCUCUGUGACCUGGAGAUCACCAUCUCCUACAGGAGGAGAGAGAUGCUGAAGACCCAGGUGUCAGGCCCCAUGGUUCAGCUCCACUACCAGUGUGAUGUCCCUGAGCCCAACGCCCAGACCCUCUGCUUCCCUAGCACUGACGGCCUGCUAGACCACAAACAGAUUGAAUACACCAACUGCAUCCUAGGGAGUGUCCAAAGGGGUCUUCUCCUGGAGGUACGAAACACGGGUAUCUAUGGUUACCGGCAGGACAAAUGCCAUGUGUUCUCUAGUACUAGUGACCCCAGAGAGGCACACCCUGAACCCAGGAAGAUGCCCCAAAAUGAAAUGGUACAACUUUUGAGCUUCGACAAGUACAUGACUGAGCUGAUAGCAUUUAAGGAGAACAGAGGAGGCUCUCCUGACUAUACCAUCCACAUGUGCUUUGGCGAGAAGUUCCCAGACGGAAAACCCCUGGAGAAGAAACUCAUCAUUGUCAAGGUGGUUCCCUUGAUCUGUCGUCACUUCCACGAGAUGGCCCAGGGGGAGGGGGCAUCUUCCCUCCAGAACGACAACAUCAGCCUGCAGAUCUCCCACCACAACAGCCUGAUGGAGCUUAUCAGUGCCACCUGGCCCGACGGCCCAGAGCACACCAUGGGGCAAUACUUCUAGACCACCAAUCGUACCACAACCCCACCCAGCCACUUAGCACCUAUCUAGGAUUGGUACCACAUCCCCACCCACCAACCCACCCAGCCUAUCUAGGACUAGUACUAAAUAGACCUCUGGGUCUGUCCCAAUCAAGCACUUUGGGUCUAUCCCAAAUUGGUCUUAUGGUUGUGUCCCUAACCCUGGUUGUGUUACUUUACUGUACUUCUAGACCAGGAACGGUAUCUAAUAGACCUCAGCUAGGUCUUGUUUAUUUAACUGGUCCAUUACUCUACUGAUUAGCUAUAUCACUAAUUUAAUAUUCCCUCAGGAUUUUUUUUUUACAAAAAGUAAAUUAUCUGAUCUGUAAUUAUAUGUACAAUAUAAUGUACAAUUCAAAUGUGUAGAUAUUUGAAAGUGUCAAUUUCUUCAACAAUUGAUCAGGUCUAUAUAAUUAUCAAACAUACAUUAGUAAUGGAAUGGAAAAACAGACUCUUUGUUUAAGUCUUAAAAAAAUACUCCUUUAGUAAUACAAUUUGUAGGCAGAAGUUGGUACGGACUACAGUAUAACAGUAUAUGAUAGUUUCUCACCCAAGUUCUGCAAAAUGUCUUAAGACAUCCUGUAACUCAUAUAGCCUCCCCAAUCCCCCUGACAUAACUUUCCCUAACAACAACAUUUUAAGAAAUAUAACCUCCCCCUGACAGCAGGAACCAUCUUAUCAGCAAGUAAAAACUCAGAAGUGGGUUUGACCGAAACUUGAGCUUUCAUCACAAGUAUAGGUCAUGACAUGGUGAACGAGUAAGCAUCUUCUGACACGGGGCUGGUUUCAUCAGGUCUGUGGCAGCCUUGUGGGAUCCAGACAGGAGGAGUCUGAAUGUAGACGCCUUCUGAUAGUGUCUGAAGCUCACAACACUCAAAACAGGUUUUAACAGACACAAAGAGGUCUCCUGAAGAGGAGACCUUACAGUUUAUCAUAACAUAAUUUAUUAACCCUUUUAAAGGUAUAAGGCCUUGGUUUAACCCUCUUUAAAAGUCAGACAAAUGUUGAUAGUGUUACAUUAUUCUGAUGAUGAAUCUAUGUAUCAUAUUGCUAGCAGUGUGUAAUGCACUAGGCGAGGCCAUCCUUCUCUUGUUAGGUUAACAGAGAAUAUGGCAUUGUAACUGUUUUAUUACUGUUUUACAAUUGUUUGUGGGAUAGGUAUUUUAUAAGUGAAAAUCAAAUCACCGUCUCAGCCUGUCUGUAUUGAGUGUCUCAUUUAGUGGUCUGUUCUCUUCUACUGAAGAAUUCCCAGCUUCUGUCCCUAUGGGUCACACUUUAAACCUGUCUUGGUCGCUCAAUCCUUCAGUCUGUGUUCUCUAUUAUUAUUUUGUCUUGAAAAAAUGUAUUUUAUUGUAUUGAAACUGAGCAAACAACUAUUUUAUUGUCAUUGAACAGCACAUUGUAUAGUAUGCAAAAUAGGACCAAUAAACUCUUUAUUAGGUCAA